UCUUAGUGCCUUUCACAGAUCUUCCACCAGCACCAUGUUGGGACAGAGCAUCCAGAGGUUCACACACAGGAGACACUAUGAGGAGGGCCUAGGGAAGAAUUUGCCAUUUUCAGUGAAAAACAAGUGGCAGCUACUCAUUAUGAUGACUGUGUACUUUGGAUCUGGAUUUGCUGCAUCCUUUUUUAUAGUAAAACACCAACUACUUAAGAAAUAA